UGCCAAUUUGCUAUCAACUUCUGCAGUAAUCUGUUGCCAAUCUGCUGGCAGACUGCACACAUUUUGCUUACUGGGUAUACGCGCGAUUAUAUAACAAUGAAAUAGAAUCUGACGUCGAGGAUCCCGUCGAGAAUAUUACGAAAAAAAUGUGAAAUAAUCCUCGAGAGAUCUCGCUGAGAAACCACCGCGCGUCCGCGGCUUUUACGCCACGACGGAGCCUGAAUUAAACGACCACCGCUUAAUCGCGUGAAUCGCCCGGCACAAAGGGGGUAGGGAGUGCAACACCUGCGUGUCUACCCGCCGGAAUCGCCCCGAUCCGGCGCGGCGUCCCGUAUCGCGACAGUUGUCGGCUGCGUCGGCAUGACGAAGGUUCGCUCCUUCGCACGACGCCUCGGAAAUACGCAAAUUGAUCGGAAUGACCCCGCGAGGCUCGUUCCCUCGUCGUCGUCGCCAGUUACCAGUCCGCUGCGCGGCAGACUCGCGUCCUCGUGACGCGCGCCACGAGCGAUCGCGUUCGAAUUUCCGUCGCGUAGAAACCCGCGAGUUCCGUCGAAAUCGCGCCGCGGAAUCCUCGAUCCCGUGCAGUCCGCUUGUCUCCCGGACGGACGCUUCGAGUUGCUGUUGUCGACACGUCGCGUAGAGUUCGUUACGCGUAACUCCGUUCGCAAAUCGCGCCACUUUGGUUAGGAUUCGCGUCGCAGUCGCGCGCGAGUACGUUCGGAGCGCUAUCGAUCGAGCGCUUCGAUUUCGAGUCUCGAUGCUCUCGAUCGCCCGCGGGCGAUCUCUUUGACUGUUUGAAUGGCGCGCAACAUGGCACUGCUCUACGACGGCCACGAUUACUACAAAAAGAUGUUUGAGCUGCAGGAGAAGCUGCGGAAGAGUGAGGAGGAGAGGAUACGAUUGGAGGAGCGAUUCAACGUGCUGGUGCGAGAGUCUGGUACCAGACAUGAAGCUUGCAUAAAUCGGUUACGCAUGAGAUAUAUACAUUACUUGGAGGAGCAACGCACGAGGGACGAGAGGAAUCAUAAGCUUCUCGCAGCAUUGGAUAGAGUAAUGAGCAAGCUUGCGCUGAUAAGCGCGAAAAAGGACAGGCUUAAUGUUCUCCGAAAGCAAUACGAGGCUUACCUACUCCGCGUUUACGCCAAUCGCCAACCGCCCAGUAGCGUCACCGGAGACAGCGGCAUCGCCAGCCAGCAUGAAAACAAAUAUCCGAGAAAAACCGUUAUGGUGGAAACGAGGAACAUCCCGUCGCCGCGAGCGCAUCCGACGGCGCCUCCCCGCUCGAGCCAGCCAAGGUCUACAUUCGCCAGCAAAUUCCACGAUCAGGUUCCCGUAGAUGACGUUUCGCCAAUUAAUCACCCGAUUUUGCCAACUGCGUCAUCAGGUGCGGCCCCUGGCACUGAUUAUCAUCAGGCGAGUGUCCUGUAUGCGCCACAAGUUCACGCUUCAGCGGUCAGCCAAUCGGGUGAUCAAUUCGUCCAUCAGGCACCAGUGAGUCGCGCGCUUGAUGCUCAUCCAUGUCCACAAAUGACUUUUGAGGGAGGUGCCUUUCCGAGUGAUCUCCGGAAUGUUCCGAAUCGCAUUCCGGUUUCAUCGAUGCCGAUGGCGGACCAGACUCAACCUGAAUUUCCUGUUCACCCGGUCAACCAAUUUUUCCGGGAGCACGUAGAAUCGGGGCAGGCUGGUCUCUCGCCAACAGCGCGACUCCCCGCUGGCGAUGCAACGCGGCACGCAGAAGGUGAAUUUAUUCCGCGACAAUUCGAUCUGCCGGCCUCGUUCCGGUAUUACGACAGCGUGUUACCAUCCGAUCCGCAAUCGCAGAUGAGGAAGUACGAUACGUUCGACGCCGCAGCUUCCAUGAGGCCGAAUUCGGUGAUCGCAAAGUCGAGUAGCUACCGACUGAAUCCGGACGCGAGUGCCGAUCAGCUCGGUUCGCUGCCCGGAUACAUGGAUUAUAUCCUGAGUCCGCGGAAGUCCGAGGAUGGAGGAUCCGUUCGUUCCCUCACCAGCGACGACGUGGACGAUCUGAUCAGACGCAAUGAACGUCUGUUAUGGAGAAACGCGGACGUCGCCAAGACGCGUCGAUCGCCGAUCAUGUUAGGAGUAAAUGACGCCGAUUUGGACGAGAACGGCAGGACGACGGCGAUCCUGGAGAACGAGCUGGAUCGAUACAUCAGCAACAUCCGCAGGCUACACCGGGAACACGGCGUACAGAGCUUGGAGGAGCUGGAUCACGAACAAAACACCAGCGGCGAUCUGCUGAACGUUACCCUAUCGGAGGAUGCCCUGGAGCUUCCGGCGGAGGACAGGAAGGACAAGAAAGAACGGAUACCGGAGGAGAUGAGCAAGAUUCUUGCAUUAGCUAACGAUCUUGUUUCCAAGACCGCGGACGCGCAGGAAGUUGCGCGUUCAGCCGAAGACGGAAUUAGAUAUCGCGAUGUCGGACAAAUUUCGAAGAACGAAAUUAGAGAGGACAACGUUACGAUACAUUCGACGGGAUUAGAACGGUCACGUGCAGAUGCGGAGAUCGCGAAAAGAAAGUCGGAUGAUAGGCAUAAUCUAACUGAGCCGCGAGAGCGCAAUCGCGAAAUCUCCGCUGCAAAGAAGAACGACGCAAAGGAGGAAAUGGUCAGUUCUUCGAACGACAAAUCACGGAUCGACAAUGAUCGGGGGAAUGCACCGCAAGAAAAACGGCCCGUUGUCGGGGAGGAAACAGACAUCGAAGACUUGUUCGACGUCGCUGAACAAUUGGCGCCGUGGGACCUCGCGAGUGUACAAAAGCAAGUUUUAGAAUUACAUUUGGAUGAUUCGGAGGGAGAAAAGAAAGCCGUGGAAGCAGCGGCGAAUCAGAGCGACGAGGUUGCAAACAAAUUGUACGAUUCACCAGACUUCAUCGGACACAUUGACGCGGAGAACAGUGAAAUGGAAGAACCCGUGUAUCUCCCGCGAGAUACGCUUCUUCGCUCGGAAGCGGAAACGAGAGAUUCAGAAGAGUCCCAUGAGAAACAUGAGACGCGUGCUCGCAUUGAAGAAGCUGAAGACAUGCCUCCUGAAAUUUACAGUCACCGUGAAGCUGAUGAGCCAAUUAAAACCGACGAACCGAUUAUUGUACCUCAGAUAGAGGAGCAAUUUAACGAACCGGAUAAGGAUGACAACCAAAAACGGGACAGCGACGAGACGAUGGAGCCUCAAAUCGAGGAGCGGGUUGUGCAACAAGAAGAAUACAGUGCUCAAGAAGGAUACAUGGAAGACCCAAAUCAAGCGCAACGAUACGCGCAGCAGGAUCCAAAUCAACAAUACAGUUACGACCCGAAUAUGACGUACGAGGGCGGGGCUGGUGACGAGGAGUACGAGAGGUACGCCGAUCAAGGAUACGCUCAGGAGAGUCAGCAGUACGUCGAGUACGUGGACGGGCAGUAUGAGCAGUAUCCCGAAGACCCCAAUAGCCAGCAAUACCAGCAGGAUCCUAACGUGCAGUACCAACAGGAUCCGAAUCAGGCGUACGCUUAUAAUUACGAUCCCAAUCAAGGAUACGAAGGCGAUCCUAAUCAGCAAUACGAUCCCAAUCAAGGCUACGGAGAUGAUCCCAGUCAAAUGUAUGGCUACACCGAGCAAGCUUACGAUCCCAAUCAGGCGUACGGCGACGAUGCAAUGUAUGAACAGGGAUAUCAUGAAGAACAGCGCGAAGACAAUGGUGUCGUGAACGCAGAGGGUCAGGAAGAGCCGCAACCGGGACCGCAAGAGAUUUUGCAAAGUCCGCAGGUGGAUUCUCAGUCGGAGCACAAGUCGGGUGAAGAUGAUAAACUGCGACAAACGGACGCUGCGAACGGCACGAAUCAGUCGAAGAAGAAGGACGUGAUCAAAUCUCUGCUGGAUUCUGAUACAGACACGACAAUCGAGAAGAACGUCUCGAACACCGAGAGUGAUUUCGAUUUUAAUUAAAACGUGCCAUGCGUGCUAUUGUCAGAUGGAUAUAAAAUUUAUCACAGAUGAAUGAUAGACUACAGAAACGGGAGCCUGCGAGAAGAACAAGAAAGAAUCGAAUUUAGAAUCGAGUUUGCAGACUUUGCUCUUUCAAAUGGCGAUUCUGACUUUGAUUAUACAGGGUGGCCCAUUUUAAUUUAUACAGUCGAUUUUUUAAAACACUAAAAGAGAUACGAAAAAA